GGACUAUCUGUCUCAAGAGUGACCAAUCAUCGCCGGUGCAUUCUGGGAGAUGCGCAACACCAGGAUGCCUCCACUGUCAUUCAGGAUACCGAACGGGUCGGCCCUGCGCGCUGAUUUCGACACCUUGACAGCUAGAAUCCACCUCAGCAGCCGGAUGGUCCAUCGUCCUCUGAUCAAAUCCACGCAGCGACGAAACUCGUUCAUAGAACAUCCAAGUCCUCUCGUUCCGCGUAGAACAUCGUCGGUCAUCGAUGUCGAUCAUCCAUGUCGAUCAUCCAUGUCGAUCAUCCAUGUCGAUCAUCCACGUCCACCGUGGCGUCUACCAGACACUGCUACAUGCUACAUAUAAUCCCCCCUCUUGUUCCCUUUCGGACGGGAACCCUUCCUCCAGAUCCUUUUCAGAGCCAAACCCAAGUCAUUAAUUUGCACAUAGCCGAGACACGUCUCCCAUACCACUUUCUAGCUUUAUAGCAGCAAAAUGUCUUCUAUUCCCAUCGCUGUCGUUGUCGCGGACCCCGAGCCCGACGUCGCCCGAGCCAUCCAAGUUUCACUCCUGCCCAGGUACGAUGUUGUCCAUUUCUUUAAGAACGUCGACCAGGCCCUCUUCGAACUCCCCCUCCUGGUUAAGGGCAACUUGGAAUUGCCCGACCACUCCGGAAUGGGCAGCAACGCCGAGCGUGAUGUCCCGGACCGUAAAGUACCCAAGGCACUCGUCGUUUACUCCGAUUUGCCCGACUAUGUACUGGAUACAGUGCGCCAAAGCUUUGCGGAUAAAAUCAAGGUGCUGGGCGUGCCGCCGGAGUGCGAUCCCCAGUUCGUGAUGAUCCAGUUGGAUGAUAUGCUGUAAGACGUUGAGGUUGAGUGGGCGUGGCUGGGAUAAAGGUUGCGGGUUGAUGAACAUGGAUAUGCAGUGCGCUUGGGAGGGAUGGUGACUCAGCAGGGGAUGAGAGCGUUGAGCAGUGCUUGGUAUUGCUUAUUUCCAGCUGUGCCCUCCCUGGCUCCUUAUGAAAUGUUUUAGGAAUAGCGGUGUGCUUGAUAGUGGUGGUGGUGUGCUUGCUAAGGCUUCCCUUUUCAAGUUAGGUUUCAGUUUCUUCAUGUCAGGCAGCAUCCUAUCGUACUGGUACGGGCAGGAGUUCAAACAUGUCCCUAGCGGGGCAAGUGCUUCCCUCUUCGAUCUCG